AUGGAAUCUCUUCCACAGGCCAUCAUCACGGACCAGUACAAAUCCAUGUUUGGUGCUAUCAAGAAUGCCCUUCCAGAUACUCGCCACCAAUGGUGCAUAUGGCACAUAAUGAAGAAGAUACCCAAUAAGCUCGGAAGAUAUGCUCGGUCUGUGGAAUCUUUCGAGAAGGAUUGGUCUGCAUUCAUUGUUGAGUUUAACUUAGAGCGAAAUAGAUGGCUAUCAGACCUUUAUGACGAACGUCGAAUGUGGGUUCCAAUCUAUUUUCAAAGUGAAUUUUGGGCAGGUAUGAGAAGCACUCAACGGAGUGAGAACAUGCACGCCUUUUACGGUGGUUACUUGCAUUGUAAGAGUGGGCUGGUUCAAUUCAUGCAUGAGUAUGACAACGUGCUUGGGAACAAGAAGCAAAAGGAACUGGAAGAUGAUGCUGCAAACUCUAAAGGAGUUGUCCCCUGUUCAUCGAGUUCUACAAUUGAAAGACAAUUUCAGCGUGAAGUAGACAGAGUACCAUCUUGCUAUGUUCUCCUACGAUGGAGCAAGAAUGUACAGCGAAAAUACACUUUCAUUAAGAGUAGCCAUGACGAGAAGCGAUCGGAUAAAAGCCACAACUUAUUUAGAAAAGUGUGUAUGCACUUCUUUAAUGUGGCACAGGAAUUUGUGACAUGUGAAGAAGAGGUGACCAUAUUACAUUCUGGUCUUGAUGAGUUAAGGGCCAAGUUGGUUGAUUAUCGUGCGAACUUCGGGUCCAGAAGUGUUCCAAAUAUACAGAACAACAUGGUGACACAAUGUGACCCAGCUUGUGUUGCAUCUGACAUUCAAGGUCCCUCUAAAGUCGCAACAAAGGGUUGA